AGUAUCCAUCUUACAUCACGUCAACACAAAAUGAUGGGAAUUAUCGUUCAUAUUUUAUACAGCAAUCCUAAAGUUCUUUACGCUCCUGUUAAUACAUCAGCUGAUGAUGUCAUAUUCAAGGCUAAUACAACGUUUGCGUUUAUAGAUUUAAUAGGAGUAUAUGCUAAUAAGUGGUUAAAUGUAUCACAUGAAUUAAGAACUUAUCUUGAAAAACCUCAAACAGCUAAAAAUCUACAACUUAUUAGAAAUGUAAGUAUUAAAUCCAUUGCAAUAAAUACACUAGAAUAUGUGGACUCUCUAAGAGGAAUUCCGAAGAAAUUUAUGGAAGAAGACAUCCCAACUAUUGAUGAAUAUGUUCAUAUGUUAGAUGUUAUCGAUCACGCUGCUAAUAUCUGGCUAGGAAUGAUGGAGGGAAUUAGUUUAAAUGUUUUUCAAGGUUUUGAGACAGAAGUAGAAAUGGUGAAUUAUUUUUUAACGGAGGCGUAUAAAAACAACGAUUCUGUCAUAGCAGGAGUAGUAUUUGAGAAUAUAGAAGAAGAUGGAGGAUUACCUCCCCAUGUUCAGUAUAAAAUACGACAGAACGCUACGUUUACACCCUCUACUAAAUUUACCCGUAAACAGGCCUGGUUUCCUGGUCCAGGACCUGGAGAUUAUCCUUAUUAUCAGUUUGGAUUUGUCUGGAUACAGGAUAUAAUAGAGAGGGCUAUAAUUGAUGUACAAGUUGGUCGAGAUGUUAUCGAACCUGGAACUUACGCUCAACAAUUUCCAUAUCCUUGUUUUGUCUACGAUCAGUUUAUGUUUAUGAUAGAACAUGUUAUGCCACUAUGUUUAACUAUAUCCUGGGUUUAUACAGUCGCUAUGUUAGUUCAGAGUAUUGUUUAUGAGAAAGAACAGAGGUUAAAAGAGGUAAUGAAGAUGAUGGGUUUAAGUAAUGCUGUACAUUGGUGUGCCUGGUUUAUAUCCUAUUUUAUACAGAUGACAAUAACUGUUAUAAUAUUAACAUUGAUGUUAAAGUUUGGUCAUGUUUUAACUCAUAGUAGUGGUUGGAUAAUAUUUACUGUACUAGAGAUAUAUAUUAUAGCUGUCAUCUCUUUCUCUUUUUUGAUUAGUGUAUUAUAUUCUAAAGCGAAAGUAGCUGCUGCAUGUGCUGGUAUAAUAUAUUUCCUGUCGUAUGUACCCUAUAUGUAUAUUGCCAUUAAAGAAGAUAUUGCUGGUGAUAGAAUGCCUGGUAUUGCAAAAUCAAUAGCUUGCCUUUUUUCCACGACUGCCUUUGGAUUAGGAGCAAAAUAUUUUGCGUUUUAUGAAGAAAUGGGUGUUGGUGUACAAUGGGAUAAUUUCUAUAUUUCACCAGUUGAAGAUGAUGAAUUUAAUCUCUUUAUGGUUAUGUUGAUGACCAUUCUAGAUUGUUUUUUAUAUUUCUUCUUAGUCUGGUAUAUAGAACACGUCUAUCCUGGAACAUAUGGUUUACCUAAACCCUGGUAUUUUCCGUUUACCAAGUCAUAUUGGUGUGGAGGUAGUAUGAAACCAGUAGAAGAUUGUUCUAGUCUAUUAGAUAUCUGUCGUAAAAAUUCUAGCUAUCUUUCUAUAAUAGAAGAUGAUCAGGCUGGUGCUAUGGCAGGAGAUCCUGAUGAUAUAUUUAAAUUUGAACAAGAACCAGUUCAUCUAGAUCGUGGAGUUCGUAUUGAAAAUCUAUCGAAGGUUUAUAAACUUGGUAAGAAAGUAGCUGUCAAGAAAUUAAGUUUAAAUUUAUACGAGGGUCAGAUUACAUCGUUUCUGGGUCACAAUGGAGCUGGCAAGACAACUACCAUGUCUAUCCUGUCUGGAUUGAUCCCACCUACAUCAGGUUAUGCUACUAUUUAUGACUUGGAUAUCAGGACUGAUAUGGAUGUUAUUAGACAAAGUUUAGGAAUGUGUCCACAACAUAAUGUUCUAUUUGAAAGUCUGACAGUAGAAGAACAUCUGUGGUUUUAUGCCAGUUUAAAGGGAAUGAAACCAGAAGAGAUUAAAGAAGAAACCAACAGAAUGAUAGAAGAUCUAGGUUUACCUAAUAAAAGACGUAGUAAGGUAGAUUGUCUGUCAGGUGGAAUGCAGCGUAAAUUAUCAGUAGCUAUUGCCUUCGUAGGUGGAUCAAGAACUGUUAUUUUAGAUGAACCUACCGCUGGUGUUGACCCCUACGCUAGAAGAGCUAUCUGGGAUUUAUUAGUACAAUAUAAACAAAAUCGUACUAUCUUGCUGUCUACACAUCAUAUGGACGAGGCUGAUAUUCUGGGUGAUCGUAUAGCUAUUAUUUCUAACGGUCAGUUAAAAUGUUGUGGUUCGUCUAUUUUUCUCAAGAAUAAUGUAGGAGAAGGUUAUCAUCUUAAAUUGGUCAAAACAGAAAAUAAUGGUGGCAAUGAUGAAGAUGAGCCAGAAAUCCACAGCCAAAUAGAAACAGUUCCGACCUCAUUGUGUGAAGAGGUCAAGGUCACAGAGUUUAUUCGUAAACAUAUCCCAUCAGCCUACCUAGCCAAUGAAACAACACGAGAGCUUCAUUAUAUUCUACCAUUUGAAGAAGCUAAGAAAGGAAACUUUGAGAAAUUUUUCUUGGUUUGUGAAAGUGGUUUAGAUCAUUUACAUAUUUCUAGUAUGGGUGUCAUGGAUACGACCUUGGAAGAAGUAUUUUUGAAGGUCACGGAAGCUGCUUGUCAAGAAACUGAAAAAGAUAAACAGCUAGAAGAACUGCGAGCAGACGUCACAGCCAACUCCUCAUUGGACGGAAGUGAAAUCCACGAAACCAACCAGAAUGAGUUGAAUGAAUUGUUAAUGAAUCGUGAUGAUGAACCGUUAUUAUCAGAUGGCAUGGCCGGUGCUUGUGGAAUCAAUACUGCUGAUGAUGAUAUUUUAGAACUAGGAGCAAUGGCCGACAUUGAGAAUGACUCAGCUAAAAAUAAGGCUGCUAAGAAGAAAUACCCUAAAAUCUAUACUCAAUUUGAUCAAAGGAGCCACAAGUUAAGUCCCAAACUACUGUUAUUAAACCAGUUCCGUGCUGUCAUCACCAAACGCUGUCGAUACAUCAUUCGUAACUGGCGAAGUUUGUUUUCCCAGAUUAUUUUACCUGCUGUUUUCGUUGCCGUGGCAAUGACUGUGGCCUUAGCAGCACCAUCUGUAGAUGAUGCACCACCUAUUGUGUUGAAUCCAUCGCAAUAUUACAAUCUUACGCAGCCACAUGGCAACUAUAUUCCGUUUACAAAUGAACGCUUUUAUGGACAAGCCAAAAGUUUGGAUGCAGGACCUGAAAAGUUGUUGAAAACUUUACAUUAUCCUGCUGGGAUUGGUUCAACUUGUGUUCUACGUUCGGCGUUUAAUAGUUCUUUUGACACCGAUAUUAGUCCGUCUGGUAGUAGGCGUAGUGAUUUUGAUAGUCAGACAUUUGAACUGUUGUCAAGAUAUUAUAAUAAAGAAUGUGAACAGGUUUUUAAAUCAGGACUACAUCUUAAUAGUUACGUUCCAGAUUAUUCUAUUCUACCUACUAAAGGAACAACCAAACCUCUUGAAUUUAUUUUGCAUCAAAAUGAUUUCCCGUCUUCCAUUUCAGAUCCAAGUUAUUCCACCAAGCAUUAUUAUCCUAAUUGUAAAUGUUUAAAAGAUGGUACUGGUUUAGUUUGUAGUAGCUCGUACCAUCCUGAACCUCCUAGUUUUCUAGUAGUAACUAAAGAUAUAUUACAGAAUAUUACAGGACAACAUACUGAAGAUUACUUAUUAUAUACUACUUAUGAUUAUAGAUUACACAGAUACGGUGCCUUGUCAUUUGGUUUAGAACAAAGAUGUGUGCCUGAAAAUUUUGGUGAAAAUGCUCCGCCAUUGUUUAAAAAGUUUGCUGUUAGAAAAAUUGCCAAGUAUUGGUUCAACCAUAAAGGAUAUCAUUCUAUGCCCGUCUUCCUAAACGCAGUCAAUAACGCCAUCUUGAGAGCUAAUCUACCACCAAGGGCAGGUAACCCCUCAGCCUACGGUAUCACAGCUAUUAAUCAUCCCUGGGAUAAAACUAAUAAUGAAUUAUCUACCUUGAAUUAUAUAAUGCAAGGAACAGAUGUAUUAAUAGCUAUAUUUAUUAUUGUGGCUAUGUCGUUUGUACCAGCUAGUUUCGUGGUAUUUUUGGUGUAUGAGAAAUCAACGAAAGCUAAACAUCUACAGUUUGUAACUGGUAUGAACCCUGUGGUUUAUUGGAUAGGAAACUAUGUCUGGGAUAUCUGUAACUAUGUAAUCCCAGCCUUAAUGUGUAUAUUAAUAUUACUGAUAUUUCAAAUACCAGCUUACGUCUCUACUGAUAACUUACCAUCUGUUAUAGCUCUAUUUUUAAUGUAUGGAUGGUCUAUGACACCAGUGAUGUAUCCAGCUAGUUUUAUAUUUAAUGAACCUAGUACAGCCUAUAUUUGUCUGAUUGUUAUUAAUUUAUUUACUGGAAUUACGUGUAUCAUCACCAGUUUCUUACUGGAACUAUUCUCUUACGAUCAGGACCUGGCGAAAAUUCACGACACAUUAAAAUACGUAUUGAUGAUGUUUCCUAAUUAUUGUCUGGGACGAGGGCUGAUGGAUCUGGCCUUUAAUGAAUAUAAAAAUGAAUAUUAUUUUAAAACUGGACAAUAUGAUAAAAUGGAGUCACCAUUAAAAUGGGACCUAGUUACCAGUCAUCUGGUUGCUAUGGCUGGAAUUGGAUUGUUGUUUUUUGUUAUUACGUUGCUAUGUGAAUAUAGUUUCUUUAUACGAGCCAGACGUCAGAAAGUGUCGACAUCCAGAAUAAAAGAUGAAGAUAUAGAUGUUACUAUGGAAAGAAAGAGAGUAUUGAAAGGAAAUGGACGAUAUGAUUUACUUAGAUUAGAAAAUAUUACCAAGGUGUACAGAACACGUAAAUUAGGAAACCAUGUAGCUGUUGAUAGAAUCUGUCUGGGUGUACCACCAGGGGAGUGUUUUGGAUUAUUGGGUGUUAACGGAGCAGGUAAAACAACCACGUUUAAAAUGUUAACAGGUGAUUUAUCUCCGACAGCUGGUACAGCUUAUCUUAAUGGUCACAGUAUUAUAAAAGAUAUAAAGAAAAUACAUGAAAAUAUCGGUUACUGUCCUCAAUUUGAUUCUUUAUACGAUGAACUAACAGCUAGAGAACACAUAGAAUUUUAUAGUAGAUUGAGAGGUAUACCACCACAAGAUGAACAACAGGUGGUAAACUGGGCGCUAGAGAAGCUGGGAUUGUCUGAAUAUGCUGAUAAAUUAUCAGGAACUUUUAGUGGUGGAAAUAAACGUAAAUUAUCUACAGCUAUUGCCUUAAUAGGACAUCCUCCUGUUAUAUUUAUGGAUGAGCCAACUACCGGAAUGGAUCCACACUCUAGAAGAUUUUUAUGGGAUUUAAUUUUAAAUCUGAUCCAAGAUGGCCGCUCAGUUAUUUUAACAUCACACAGCAUGGAGGAAUGCGAGGCUCUGUGUUCUCGUCUAGCGAUUAUGGUUAAUGGAAGAUUUAAAUGUUUGGGUUCUAUACAACAUCUAAAGAAUAAAUACGGAGAAGGCUAUACGUUCAGUAUUCGUAUUAAAGGACCAGAUUUUGAGCGGAAUCAGAGAGGAGUUCUGAGAUUUAUUGAGAGGAAAAUACCAGAAGCAUUGUUAAAGGAACAGCAUUAUAACUUAUUACAGUACGAAUUAAAAACAGCUAAUGUGUCUCUGUCUAAUUUAUUUACUAUCAUGGAAGAGGCUGAGAGAGACCUGGCUGUCGAAGACUACUCAGUCAGUCAAAAUACACUGGAUAAUGUUUUUAUCAAUUUUGUUAAACAACAAAUGGAAAUAGUAGAAGAGGAGGAG